AUGUCUCAGAACGUUUACAUUGUUUCGACUGCCAGAACCCCAAUUGGUUCAUUCCAAGGCUCUCUUUCUUCCAAGACAGCCGUAGAGUUGGGUGCUGCUGCUUUGAAGGGUGCCUUGGCUAAAGUUCCAGAAUUGGAUGCUUCCAAGGACUUUGACGAAAUUAUCUUUGGUAAUGUCCUUUCCGCCAAUUUGGGUCAAGCCCCAGCUAGACAAGUCGCUUUGACCGCUGGGUUAGGCAAUCACAUUGUUGCUACCACAGUUAACAAAGUGUGUGCUUCUGCUAUGAAGGCCAUCAUUUUGGGUGCUCAAUCCAUUAAGUGUGGUAAUGCUGACGUCGUCGUGGCCGGUGGCUGUGAAUCUAUGACCAACGCUCCAUACUACAUGCCAGCUGCCCGUGGUGGUGCUAAGUUUGGCCAAACGGUCCUUAUUGACGGUGUCGAAAGAGAUGGGCUAAACGAUGCAUAUGAUGGCUUGGCCAUGGGUGUUCACGCGGAAAAGUGUGCUCGUGAUUGGGAUAUCACCAGAGAUCAACAAGAUAGCUUUGCCAUCGAAUCUUACCAAAAAUCUCAACAAUCCCAAAAGGAAGGUAAAUUUGACAACGAAAUUGUACCAGUAACCAUCAAGGGAUUCAGAGGUAAGCCAGAUACUCAAGUGACAAACGACGAAGAACCUGCUAGAUUACACGUUGAAAAAUUAAAGUCUGCAAGAACUGUUUUCCAAAGAGAAAAUGGUACCGUCACUGCUGCCAACGCUUCUCCAAUCAACGAUGGUGCUGCAGCUAUCAUUUUAGUCUCUGAAAGAGUCUUGAAGGAAAAGAAUUUAAAACCCUUGGCUAUCGUCAAAGGUUGGGGUGAAGCAGCCCAUUUACCAGCUGAUUUCACAUGGGCCCCAUCUCUUGCAGUUCCAAAGGCUUUGAAACAUGCUGGUAUCGAAGAUAUCAACUCUGUAGACUACUUUGAAUUCAACGAAGCUUUCUCCGUCGUUGGUUUGGUUAACACUAAGAUUCUAAAGCUAGACCCAUCUAAAGUUAAUGUAUACGGUGGUGCAGUCGCUUUAGGGCAUCCAUUGGGAUGUUCGGGUGCCAGAGUGGUCGUUACUCUACUAUCUAUUCUACAACAAGAGGGAGGUAAGAUCGGUGUUGCUGCCAUUUGUAAUGGUGGUGGUGGUGCUUCAUCUGUCGUCAUUGAAAAGCUAUGA